CUUCUGGUGGCCUAUCAUUAACUAUGAAUCAAUCAAUCAUCAGUUGAGGAUGUGUGAAGUCUGAAUAAACUAAUGAAUGAUAUGCAUCACCUGAAAAGGAAGGGCUUAUAUCUCUCAGAUCGAAUUGACUCUCACUUUUUUAUUCAUUUAUCGCAAAAGCGUCACCGUCCCCUGAUCUGACUCUAACGGCCGAUUUCUUUGAAGAGGCAACCAAUAAUGGCUUUGGCGUCCAACUUGGCGGGAAACUUUUGCUAUAAAUACCGGCCAAAGUAGCCUUUUUCAUCAUCCACAACUGAACAGCUCACCCAAUUAAUUAUCUUCAAGCUCUCCUGCUUCCUUUCAUCAACAAGCCACUGAGAUAUAAUCUCUCUUUCUAUCGCUACUUUGUUUCUCUGUUACUUUCACUGAAAUAGUAAUGGCUAUCCCUGUGAUCGAUUUCUCAAAGCUCAAUGGGGAAGAAAGGGCAAAAGCUAUGGCUCAGCUCGCUAAUGGAUUUGAAGAAUGGGGUUUUUUUCAGUUGGUCAACCAUGGUAUUCCUGAGGAGCUUCUGGAGAGGGUGAAGAAGGUGUGCUCUGAGUACUAUAAACUGGAAAGAGAGGAAAAUUUCAAGAACUCAUCCUCGGUGAGUCUGCUCAACGAAUUAGUUGAAAAGAAGAGCGGUGAGAAGUCAGAGAGCGUGGACUGGGAAGAUGUCGUCACUCUCCUGGACGAUAAUGAAUGGCCUCAAAGAACAACUGGAUUCAGGGAAACCAUGGCAGAAUACAGAAGUGAGCUAAAGAAAUUGGCCGAGAAAGUUAUGGAAGUAAUGGAUGAGAACUUGGGAUUACCCAGAGGAUACAUCAAGAAGGCAUUCAAUGGAGGAGAUGGAGACAACGCCUUCUUCGGAACCAAGGUAAGCCACUACCCACCAUGCCCCAAUCCAGAGCUCGUUUACGGCCUCCGAGCUCACACCGACGCCGGAGGCGUCAUCCUGUUGUUCCAAGAUGAUCAGGUGGGCGGCCUUCAAAUGCUCAAGGACGGCCAAUGGAUUGACGUUCAGCCAUUGAAAAACGCCAUAGUCAUCAACACUGGUGAUCAGAUCGAGGUGCUGAGCAAUGGUCGGUAUAAGAGUUGCUGGCAUAGGGUUCUGGCCACGCCAGAUGGGAACAGAAGAUCGAUCGCUUCUUUCUACAAUCCGUCGCUGCGAGCCACCAUAUGCCCUGCACCGCAAUUGCUCGAGAAAGAAAGCGAACAAGUGGAUUGCGCUUACCCUAAAUUCGUAUUCGGGGAUUACAUGUCUGUCUAUGCUCAGCAGAAAUUCCUCGCAAAAGAGCCAAGGUUUCAAGCCGUUAGAGCCGUGUGAGAAAAAUGGAGUGAAAAACACAAGACGUGUGUGUACUUAAGAUGCUAAUACUUUUCACUUUUUUUCACUGAAAUUAGUUCCCUUCUCUCUACAUUUUUUCCAAAACUUCACUUUUCUAAUACUAUUUCAAAACUUCAUUUGGGUUCAUUGGUCCUUGUGAUAUAAUCAAGAGUUGGGCUUGAUACAUCCGUUGCGAGUGUAAGGAAG